AUGUCCGAAAGAGGCGACAAGUUGAAAUCCUGCCGUCCGGCGAAUUACGUCGCCAGAUGCCGGCUCAGCUCAGCUCUGCUCCGCUCCGCUCCGUUCUACUCUGCAUCGCAUCGCAGCGCUCCGUUUCGCAUCGUCUCGUGGUGGAGCAUACGAAGAUGCGAGGUACACAAGGCGGUCCGAGAGGCUUGCAUGCUUUGUUCGCAUGCUCAAGCUCCCCUCGGAUGCACAAGCAUGUUCACACACACACACACACACAUACACAUACACACACACACGCACAAACACAGAGGCACUCCCUCCUCGUGGACAGUUGUGCAGACUGGACAUGUCGGCUUUGCGGCCGGACCACUCCAAUUGGCAUAA